UAUGACUCUGUGUGUCUGUGUGUGUGUGUGUGCGCGUGUGUGUAUACACCAUGGAUCACAAUGUAAGAGGUAUUUUUCCUCUUUAUUGUGUUUAAGAAAUUUUAAAAGCCAGUCUCUUAUGCAAGGAUAUUACUCAUCUAUGUACAUAGUUAUUGGGAAAAAUUUUCCAGAUAGGAAGUAAAGCAUCAGCAAAGUUCACUGGAGUUUAGAACAGGGAUAACUCUGGACCUUCGAAGGCUUUCCUAAUUAAUCUUUUCUCUUUUGGAUCGACUUCAUUGUUUAGGACAGUUGUAGAUUUACAGAAAAAUCAAGAAGACAAUACAGGGAGUUCCCAUAUACCCUGAAUCCAGUGUCCCCUUUAAAAUCUUACAUUAGUAUAACAUAUUCAUUACAAUUAAUGAACCAAUAUUGAUAUACUACUAUUAACUAAAGUUCUUACUUUACUCAUAUGUCCUUAGUUAUUACUUAAUGUCCCUUUUCUGUUCCAGGAUUCCAUCUGGUAUACCACAUUACAAUUAGUCAUAAUGCCUCCUUUAGCCUCCUUUGGCUAUAACAAUUUUUCACACUUUGCUUGUUUUUGAUGACCUUGGGGGUUUUGGGGAGUACUGGUCGGGUAUCUUGUAGAAUGCCCCUCUAUUGGAAUUUGUCUGAUACCUUUCUCAUGAUUAGGCUGGAGCUAUGGGUUAUUGGGAAGAAGAACACAGAGGUAAAGUGUCUUUUUUGACAUCCUAUCAUGAAGACCAAUUAUCAACAUGAUUAAUAAUGAUUGAUGUUGGCCUUGACCACCUGGCUGAAGCAGGGCUUUUCAGUUUUCUCCACUGUAAAGUUACUCAUUUUUAUCCCCCUUUCUAUACUGUGUUCUUUGGAAGGAAAUCGCUGUAUUUCUAAUUUUUUAAACAAAUGAAUUACUCAGUUAAAGGAGGGCUUGUACUUGAGUAAGUCAUAUUAAGCUGUUUCCAAAGAAAGCUACUGUGAGUACAGAAAGAGUCUCUUUUUAGAUACAGCAUCUCUCUCUGCAACUGGCAGGACACUUUUAUCACUUCUCAGAUUUUCAGGUUCCAAAUAUGAAGCACAAAAAAAAAUGAAGCUGAGUGAUUGAUGUAGAGUUCCAAAGUGAGUUGAGAAGGAGUUAACCCAAAAAUCAACUUUAGGCCAUUCUGACUGUUCAGUCCCUGAUUCUGAUGUUCUAGAAGUAAAUUUAAACCAAAAUGUACAAGUCUUUUUUUUUCCCCAGGAGAAUAGCUACCUUUAGAAUAGGAAAUUCCUUAAUGAGAAAAUCCAAUAACUUGGGGUAAUUUUUUUUUGGCAGGGGGAGGGCUACGGAUCACAUCUUCUGCGAUAUUUCCAAGGACAAACUUACUGCAGCUUGAAGGAGCCAACCAUGGAUUUGAGGCGUGUGAAGGAAUAUUUCUCCUGGCUGUACUAUCAAUACCAAAUCAUUAGCUGCUGUGCUGUUUUAGAGCCCUGGGAGCGAUCUAUGUUUAACACCAUCUUACUAACCAUUAUUGCUAUGGUGGUAUACACUGCCUAUGUCUUUAUUCCAAUCCACAUUCGCCUGGCUUGGGAAUUUUUCUCAAAAAUAUGUGGAUAUCACAGUACAAUUUCUAAUUGAUCUUGUUCACAUUCAGUGAAAUGACAUUGCAUAUUUAUAUGUUGCUUACAACUUAUUGAUUUAGGUAACUAUUGUGUCUUCCUUCACUAUCUGACCUGAAAAGCACUCUCUUCUCUAUGCACUCUUAUAUUCUGCCUUUCUGCCUGGAGUUUGAAAUAGAUGUCUUUUUAGUUUCUUUCGCACAUGCUACAUUGUGCAUCAGACCGUAGGUAAUACAGUGACUUUACCUCACAAAUCAUAUUCUCUCAACACAAAUCUAUGAAUUUAGUUUAUUUAAAAUCAGAACAAUUUCCUACAAAAUUUUUCUGGAAAAUAGGCUCCUAACAGACCUACCAGAAUCACGCUUAAAGUGCUCCCUUAACACUUAUUCUAUACUGAAGGAUAAAUUUUAAAAAAUCUUUAUAGGCUACUGUCAGAAGUAUCCUAUCCUUGUUUACGAUGUAUAAAAAGAUGUGAAUAAAUUAUAUGGACUCCCUAAGUCUUAUUUUCUAGUAAACUGAUGAUACUGGAAAUUCUUUUACUUCAAAUGCAAAAGAAUAAGCUGGAGGCAAUUAUUUCCUUUCAUACAUAGUUCAUGAAUUGUUUUAAAUGCUUCUUAAAAUCUGGCUUUAUAACCGUUUAAAAUCAACAAUGUUGAUUUUAGAUAACCAAGUAAGUAUUAUAAUACAAAAUAAUUUUAAGUGUAAGAAACUAAAGUAUAAUCAAAGUAAAUUCAGAUAUUGUGAUUUGUGGUGUUGCCUUGCCUUGCAUGAUGCUGGGGGAAAAAGAGAAAAGAAAUGGUUUUCUUUUUAUACUUUCAUUCAGUGUAGAGGGAAAAAAGCAUGUAUUGGGCCACAGGAAGAAAAGCUAAUAAAUAGGCUGGAAGUAAUAUUCUACCAGCAGGAACUCAACAGCUCCAGUUAAGUGCUUUGAUAUAGUGGCUCCUUUGCAGAGCCAAAACAAGAUUUAUUAAAUUUCCUUCAAACUGUUUAUCUUUAAAACAAAUAUAAGGUUUUAAUUAUACUGCUGAAGCAAAUGUGAAUGCCAAAGACUACGUUUUGCAGUUUUGCUUUCCUCCCAAUAAAUAUUAAUGUAUGUAAUUCUAGAGGGUAAAAAUGUAAAUAGGUUUGAACAAUAUUUGCACCCUGGUUUGUGUUAUGAUAAAAAUUUUUCCAAGGCGAGCUACAGAGAAAGAUGUUUGGCAUGCCAAAUUAACUUGCACGUUUGUUAAAAAAAACAAGCACAUGUUUUGAAGAGAAACCAGAUCUGAACAUGUAUUUGUUGAGUUUUGCAAAAUAAAAUUAAUUUUGUAAGUAAA